CUUUGGACCGUUUCCUGAAGAACGGAAACAGCUGGAGGAUAGCUGCUUGUGCAUCACGAUGGGCUUGCUUGAUGAUCUCGGGCUGUUGGUGAUAUCGCACUGAUCAAUCAAUCCAUGAAGAAGAUGCUGGUUCAAACUCGCCAAUAGAAAUUACCCCUGAAUGCUGAACAGAAGAGCCCAUUCAUCAUCGAAUAUAAGGUGUUCGGCGCGCAUUCCUUUAGCGCAGCGGCAAAAUUGAAUCCGUCAAUUCUAGGACGUCUUGGCCGGAGGAGAGUGGAAGUAUACGCAGUACUAAUAGAUACUUGCAAAUACAGAGCCUGUUCUUCAUCAUCCUGUGACUUAUUUUCUCCCCGGGUACACCGUCUUCACGCACGCACUGAAGAUAUGGAUCUUGAGACAAGGAGUUGCGUUCUUGAGGCGGGAUAAAACUAGGGACCCAAGGGGUGGUGAAACCAAGCAGAUCAUGGAUUUUUGAUGCAGUGUACUCCGUACGCAUCACUUGGACAGGCACUCAUGGGAGUUCGUGAGAAAGUGGGCGGCUAGCAGGAACAAGGCUAGUGGUGCUUGAGAGGAUUAAGAUCUUCAACCUUUGGUGCCAUCAGGCUGUCAAUGGGGAAUAGUACUGGGCACGGAGUACAUGACUACCAUUAUUGGUGGCCUAUCUAUCCACCUUCACCGAAUUCGUUGGGUUAGUUACUCUGUUGAGUUGGUCCCGGGGUCCCGAAAGCUACGGACUGAAGCCCCGAAGUGGUGGAUCGGGGGCCGCGAAAUAUGAAGUGGUGGCGUUCCUCCGCCCGUGGCAUGGGCCAUCAGACGGAGUGAUAAUAAUAAUGGCAGCGUGGCCCCAUAAUAAUCCUACACGAAAAUGUAAAUCGUUUGCGUAUCCAUGCGCUGUAAAAAGAGGAAAAGAAAGAAAAGGAAUUACAGUCGUUGACGUCAACUACUACUCGGGUUGCCCGGCCCACACCCUCUAUUCUCAUUCAUGGAUAAACAAAAUAUAAUUCGUCUGGCACGCGUGUCCCCAAAGCCGUGCACGGUAUAUUCAAGUUUUGAGCAACAGGAGAAAGGUGAGCAAAAAAAGGUCACAUGGACGGACAGACGGUCAUUUUGGCCGCACAAUCAUCGAGUCAUCGAAGCCAUUUUGGGCUCAUGAACUGCCGUCAUGAUAGAAGCUAAAACAGAACUAUUUUUUUCCCCCAAGAGACAGGGUGGUGGGUGAACGUGCCCUCCCCUUGUGAAAGAGGGCAACAUCCGUCUCGAGAUGGAUUCUCCCUCGCCAGCCAAUAGCAUCCUCGAAGCGACGGAUCCUGGGUGCAAGCAUUCGACCAGGAUAAAUAAAGGCCGCACGCACAGGGGAUAGUUCCGACAAGCCCUGCUACCACCCGCGAUUUCAGUAGCUGGCAUUUCGCGGCCGGGGGUCCCUGGUAGUGCCAGCUAGAUAUCGGAAGCAACUUACAUAUCUAUGAUGAAGCCAUCAGACAUGUCGUAAACGAGGAGCCUGUUCCUGGCGGGUAGCUCCGUGUGCCUGGAUUAUGAUUGCCUGUACAGAGUAGUCCCUGGAUGUCUGGACACGGAGCAAACGCGGAGCACAAAAAUCCUUGGUAUUCGGCAGUAGCUUGCCACUCGCAGCCUGUAACCUUGGAAAUCCAGACGGGCUUACUUACAAGUUAGUUACCCACAGGGCCACAGCCUCCAAGCGCAUGGAGCCCCAUAGAUCGACACGCUGGAGGCUUUUGUGCCUGUCUUGGAGGAGGUUGGCUGUAUUACUAUCUGCGUGGAUGCUUAUUAUUUCGUGCUACGACCCGACCAGCUCCAUACAGUACCGUACUGGGCCUGACAGAGAGCCGCAGUAGUACUUGUGCGUCGUGGUCAGUUGACAUGGUUGGUACCCGAGGUAUCUCCCCUGGUUGCACAUAACCAGAUGUAACUGAGGCGGGCUGCCCCAGUACCUGGUCCUGCUGGCGGAUGUUCCUGGGUGUGGUACGGUCACAUACGGCCCGUUUCCUCAGUACGGGUACCCUGCCGCAGCCAACUCGCCCCCCGGUACAGGACCAAUACGGUGCCUGGCCCUGUACCUGUACCCGUACCGUACCGUACCGCCGUUCCCCUCCGCAGCCCGGUCUGACUUUUGGCGUCUGUCUUCUCUUCCUCAUCUUCAAGACGACGACGACGACGACGACUUCUUUCUCUAUCCCACACUCUCUCAACGACCUCUCUCAACACACAGUCUUCUUCUUUUCUUUCUUUCAUUUUAUAUUUCUCUCUGUGCCUAUCUGUCUAUCCUUAAUUCAUUGCUCCGGCUUCAUUACGGUCACUCUUUUACUGUUUUUAACCUUAGGCCCUCGCCUUGUCACUCCUUUCUGACCCGACGUCCCACAUCCAACCCUUUGUCACUCCUUCGUAACAACGACAUAUUUCCUGUCCACCGCACCACUACCUUUCCUUCUUCACGGCAUACCUCUGAAAUACUACACACCUCCGAUGAGAUAGGCUUCCUUCCACGGCUGCCUGCAGUGCAGCAAUCCCAACUCUCUGUCAUCUGAGCUGCGGUCACAUUCAACUCCUCCUUUCUAUACCCACCUUUGAGCAUAAUGAGCUACCUUCAUCACCCCUUUCCUUUUGGUGGACAUGCAAUCCCCGUUGACCAGCCCGUUGGCUAUGGAGUCCCGAUCCGGCACCCCCAAUUGGGCCACUCCGUAGAUACUUAUCUACUCCCCAACGCCCCGAUCGAUCUGGCAGAUUACUAUCACCAAGCUGCAUUACUGGAAGACUUCGAGCAAUACACGGAGAAUCUAUCGCGCCCCCGGUUAACAAAACAACAAGUCGAUACCCUCGAAGCCCAGUUUCAGGCCCAUCCAAAGCCAAAUAGCAACGUCAAGCGCCAAUUAGCGGCGCAGACAAAUCUCACUUUGCCCAGAGUUGCUAAUUGGUUCCAAAACCGGCGCGCAAAGGCAAAGCAACAGAAGAGGCAGGAGGAAUUCGAGAGAAUGCAGGCGAGUGAGAAAGACGAACAGUGGCAAAAUAACGACGCCCCGCAGAAAGAAGGAGAAUCAAAGCAACAAUCGGAGCUCCCGGAAUCGUCCACAACCCCCACCCAGCGUCCCGCUUCUAUUUCAUCCUGUUCAAGUCCCUUGAGCCCGGCGAAGCAGGAGGAACAACAACAAGCAUCCGAUUUCACAACCAAAACCGGAUGCCCUGAGUCGCCCCAGAAAGCCAUGAACGUCUCUAUGCCCUCUAGUGCCCAAUUCAAUCAGCCUGUGGAGAAUAAUGGCCCAGAUAGACAUGAGUCUUCGGCUAUCACAUAUCAUCUUUCUCAGUCUCCUUCGGGAAAGAACGGCGGUAGCACAUUCACUUCUAGCCUAUCUGGAUGGAACGGAAUGGAGCAUAAUCAUGCCAUAUGGCCUUCCCCGCAAGGGGCCGAAGAUAGUUUUGAUUUCGGCCAUUUGAAUAGGCACCAUGACAACCCACUCGAAAUCCGCGUUCAGGGGAGCCCGCAUUUCCCUAGUAUCCAGUUCAGCCACGAGCCGGAUGGAUGGGGCUACCACAGCAUGCCGCACUUGGUGGGAGAGCAACGGCAUAAUAGCCAAGAUUCAGGCGACGGCUUUUACCAAAUACCGUUCCAUGCACUACAGUCUCCGCUGUAUCCUGAAGAACCACGGCGGGAUUCUUACUCCUCGGAACAGUCUGAGCUCGCAGAUACACUAUUCCACACUGAAAUAAACAACGUGAUUGAAUUAUCUCCUCAAAAUACGCCCCAUUUGAACUUGGCACAGUUGCACCACCAAGCCGAGCCCAGCACCAAUUGGCGGUAUCCUGAGAAAGAAGUUGAUAUUGCGGGUAGACGGAAGCGACCCCGGCCGGCUGCCAUCGGAACUUCUUCCAUGUCCCGUUCAUACGGACCUUCGUCCAUGUCUCCAACCACUAGGAUUCACGGUAUGGGUGCCGGCCAUGUCCUUCGACAUGCGAAAUCUACCCAAAACCUGAGCCCUAGUCACACUUCUCGAUACCCGGGGAUUCGAAAAGCCUCCGCUCCCCAACGCUCCCCUCUAGGCAUAACUAGCUUCGCAGAAGCCAGCCUUUUCAAUUGCGCCAACGCGACAGACAUGAUGUCAACAGUGCCUGGUCUGGUAACAACAACCUUGGCUCCGCCAACUCCGUUGACACCAGAAGAUCUCCGAACUCUUCUUCCACCAACCCCGAAUGACAGCCAAUACUGUGUCUCUCCAACGGACGAUAUGGGUUGCGCGCGAUUUUUCCCCAUAUCCCAACCUAUGCAAGUGCACAUCGAAUCCCCGCCCACGACACCACUGCAUUUAGGGGUCCCAUCACACUUGCAAUAUCAGUCCAUGGGUGUUCCGAUGUCUGCGUCGUCCCAGCGUACAACAUUUCAGGAGUACGCGCUCUCUGUCCCAACCAAUCCGAUGAAUGGUGGCCUCUGGUCCGAUGUGUCUUCAAUGCCAUCCCCAGAGACUUCCCAUUUACAACAGCCAACAAUCCAUAUGCCCCAGCCAACGCAUAUUUCUCCAAUUACCUAUGAGGAGUCCUUCGAUUCCGGAAAUCCGGCUCUCGUUGAGGACACAGUGACAAGCCAAAGUGAAUCACCCCAAUGCACUGUGAAAAGCUGCGGCACGCCGACAACGUCAUCGCCCCAAGGUUCCACCCCUGGCUCACAGAAAGUGACCGAAUUUCUAAUCCAGGAAUUCCCAGAGCAGCAGGAAGCACACAGGCGGGCAGCCGAACAGCUGCCCCCUCAGAAGCCCAUGAACUAUACAUUCUCCAACCACACGCCCAAUGAUUUCUAGAAAAUUUAUUUUCCCUUCUAGAAUCCGGGGUUGGCUCUAUUAAUACUUAAUCACCCUCAAACCAACCAACUCUAGUUUAGCAGCCCGUUUACGAUUUCUACUAAUAAACCUCACGCAAAUAUAUAAUUGUAAUAUCCUUUGCUCUCUUCCCUCUUGGCUUGAGCUUAAUCUAAUUAUCCCACCAUCACUCGCUGCGGCCUUUUGUUUUCAUCUUGCAAUACCCAACCUUACUUGUUGGAAACGUCACGCAACUUUACAUUACUACACCACUGCUAUUAUUACUUCUAAUACUACUAGGGGAGAACCUUAACCCAGCUCCCCCGUGCCCUGUUUGUCAUGCUUUUCCUUAGUCCAUUACUCAUCUACAUAUAUUCUAUCAAUACCCAUUUCGCAAUCUCUGUCUCUGUCUCUGUCUCUCUCCCUCUCUCCCUUGUCCUUUUGUUGCUGCGGAGCAACUCUUCGGUUUGUAUAUGACACGCAGAAAUGGAAAUUUUGGCGGUACCCCCCUGGCUUCUAUCGUUUCAUUUCAUUUCACUUUCAUCCUUUUUUUUUUCUUUUCUUUGUCCUCACACGAAAACACCAUAUCUGAUAAUAGCUAUUAUUAUGUUCUAAUCAACUAAUUCCCUACUUUCUUCUCCUUCUACGCAGGCGCUUCACAUUCUCAUUUCUUCCUGCCUCUGAAACCUUGACUUUUCCCCCUUUUACCAUUGUUAGUUUAUUGUCUCCUCUCUUACUAUUUUUUAAUAAUACCCCUUGAAUACGUUUUUUUUAAUAUAGCUUAGCAUGUUACUUUCUCAGUUCUUUCACUACUACUUCUUCUAACAAUGCUGUUUUCUUUCCCCCGUUUUUUUUUAUUGUUUUCAUUCUUAUUCUUAUGCGUUGGUUUUUGUCUGCUUCAGUUAUAUUUUUUUUCAAAUUUUCUUUCUGAUAGCUUUCUGUUUUUCUUUUCUUUCUUUCUUUCUUUUUUUUUUUUCUUUUUUUUUCAUCUUCUUACUUCUACUCUAUGAUAAACGUCUACAAUAUCUAUCUAUCUUCUUACUGCUUCUCUACAACCAGCGUAUACGCCCGGAAUAUAAUAUUGCUGUUUAAUUCUUCAUAUCUAUACACCUUUAUAAUACAGCAUUACUCAAUUCUAUUAAUAUAAAUAGCAUUAUGUCACUUACUACCGGGCACAUUGUAUAUAAUAGAAAUAAAAUAUUAUUUUAUUCUUUG